AACAACACAACAGUAUAUUUUAUUACAUUGCACAUAUAGAUAAACGUUUCUAUUAAUUUAUGCAUAACACAAACAUUGAAGCAUUUUCCUUGUAUAAAUAGACAGAUAGCACUUGAAUCUAUUUGUAGUACAGACUUCAUGAGUUACAAAUAAAGAAACAAUGUACGUGGUCACUCUCAUGUACCUCGCAGGGAUCCUCAUACACGUCCAUGGACAUUCAGAAAGACUUGACGGGAAAGUGGCAGUCGUGACUGGCGGAGCUAAAGGCAUCGGCUAUGCAAUCGCAGACAAUUUACUAACAAAUAAAACUAAAAUCGUGAUCAUCGUUGACAAAAAUCGACCACGAGGCUUAAAAGCGGAGAAACAGCUCAACUGCAAACACGGUGGCAACAGAACCGUAUUCAUUUAUGGCGACAUCACUAAAGAUUUAGACAGAGUGUCUAAGAUAAUCUUCCAGACUUACGGGUACGUCAAUAUUCUGGUGAACAAUGCUGGUAUAAUGAACGAAUAUGAUCCGAAAAAGACUAUAGAUACAAAUGCGCUGGGUACUGUGUUGUGGGCAGACAGAUUCUACAAUUGCAUGAGAAAGGACAGGGGAGGGAAAGGAGGAACCAUCAUCAAUAUAGCAUCAAUGAGUGUUUACUAUAAAGAUCCAUUUUUUUAUUAUUAUAAAGCGUCGAAGUUUGCUGUCCUUGGCCUUACCUUAGGCAUGGGGCAUGAAUACAAUUAUUUGUCUAGUGGAGUAAGAAUGUUUGCAAUAUGUCCAGGAUUCACACGCACGGAUAUGACACUGAGCCAACAAAUGACUAUGGAUGAGCAAGUAGAGCUUUUCGAUAGAUACAAAGAAUACGCGCCUUGGCAGUCAGCUCAUGACGUCGGGAAGGCUGUAGUUCUGUUGUUCAGCACCGGGACCACCGGCACUUCAUACACUGUGGACGGCGGGAAGCCGCCAAUAGUGUCUCCUGAUAGAGUAAAUAUCUCUAUUGCAUUUUUGGACAGCUUGUAGUAUCAACAUAAUGUCAAUAAAUACUUAAUAG